AUGUCCAACGCGUCAGCCUCGGAUCUGGCCAAGUUCCUCAAGGACAAUGCCGUCCAUGAGGUUCUCUCGCAAGCCCUGGCCCUUAAAGGUCUGGAGACGGUCGAGGACCUGGCAUAUGCAUACCCCGAUUUGGCCAGCCUUGAUAGCCUCCUUUCCAGCCUCUCGGAAGAGGACAUGAACGAAAUGGGCGCAGCAGAUGCCUUACAUGGAGUUCAGGCCGCCAGGCUCCGCCGAGCUCUCCGGGCAGCCCAUGGACUGUCUCAUCAAGCCCAGCAGCCCUCGCCCACGCCGGAACCUUUGCCUUCGGUACAAGCCGCUCUGAUUCCGCAGGCCUCGCCUACGUCCUGGAUGGAAAACCUGCCUCCCAAGCUCAGCUCCGAAGCCGUCCAAGACCUC